AUGUUUAUAGAUCGUUUAGAUCAUUUAGUUUUAACAGUUUCAGAUAUUGAAAAAACAUGUAAUUUCUAUGAAAAUAUAUUAGGAAUGAAGGUGAUUACAUUUGGUAAAGAUAAUGAAAGAAAAGCAUUAACAUUUGGCAAUCAAAAGAUAAAUCUUCAUAAAAAAGGUGCAGAAUUUGAACCAAAAGCACUUUUACCAACUGCAGGAUCAGCAGAUUUAUGUUUUAUAACUAUUACACCUUUACAUGAAGUAAUCACAGAACUAUUUCAAAAGAAUAUAACAAUUGAAGAAGGACCAUGUGAAAGAACUGGUGCUCUCUCAAAACCAAUCUUAUCAGUUUAUAUUAGAGAUCCAGAUUACAAUUUAAUAGAAAUUUCAAAUUAUAAAUAA